AUGGCGUCUACAUUCGAGCCCUCUCUCUCGACGAGUGGCAUGCGCCCUCCCCUCGCCUCCGCGGAUGCCCCCUCCAUGGCCGACUCGCUGCCCAGCAUCAACUUUGGAUUCGAAGACCUGCGCAAUCGCAUGGCCCAAUUUACAGCCAAAUUUGACGCGUUCAUCGAGCGAGGGCGCAAGCAAGUCCUCGAGGAACGCAAUCAAUUCCAUAUCAACCUUGCUGAGCUCCAAGAGGACGAACGAAUGCGACAGCGAGAUAUUGAAAUAACCAACCUCAAAUCCCAAACCCAUGAACAGACACUCCAGAAAGAAGCCGCCGAAGCAGCCGAAAUGCAUUCUGCGAUUUCCUCGAUCAGCAUGCAACGCGACUCUCGACUCGCCAAGCGCGACCGCCUCAAGCAACAGAUCGCAGAGACCCAGAAGGCGAUCAACCAGAAACUGGAGGCACAGAAAACACAUGCCACGCACUUGGAUGCACAAUCUCGACUGAACUUCCCCGAACUGGAAUUUUGGCAAGACUACCUUUGUUUACGAAUCGAGGGCGCAGGUCGGGAGGAUCGGUUGAAGUUUGCUUACAGCCAUCUUUUGGAGAAGGACUGGGAAGCGGAGGCAUGGUUUGAGUUGGGCACUGCUAGUCGCGACUACGAGGUUUUCCACACGAGGCCCAAGGUGGAUAGGGACGCACUGGAGCGGGAGGUGGACCUUGUCAACGAUGACCGAGACUUCGGGGCAUUCCUCAAGCGAAUGCGUAAGCUGUUUAUAGACACAAUGAACUGA